AUGGCCAGCGCCGGUUACUCCGGUUCCUACCAGAAAGGAGUCCAGAUCACAGGGUGUAGUGCAGAGCUCGGGGGCUUUGCUGGGCUGUUUGACCUGAAGGCUGCAGGAUUUGGGACAGAUGGAGUUGGGACCAAGCUGAAGAUCGUCCAGGCCUGCAGGCAGCUUGACGGUCUUGGUCAGGACCUGGUGGCCAUGUGUGUGAACGAUGUUCUCGCUCAGGCUGUCGAGCCGCUCUUCUUCCUCCGUGACUUUACCUGCAUCAGGCUGGACAUCGAUGUAGCCGCCUCAGUGGUCAGCGGCAUCGCAAAGGCCUGUGAGAAGGCUGGAUGUGCUCUGCUGGCUCUGCUUUCAGGGGAGGUUUUUCUGACUCCAACAAAGAUCAACAGUCGCCUGCUCCUGCUCAGGAUCCUGUGGAUCUGUCAAAGCCUUCGCUCACAUCACUGGUGGGGUGCUUCUGGAGAACAUCCCCCGGGUGAUGCCCCAGGAACUGCCGGUGGAUUUAGGUGA